CAACUGGCCGCCAUGAUGCCGACAGGAGGUGCUGGUAGUGCGCGCUCUGCCAAUCCCUACGAGCAAUACGACAAUCCUGUGGAGGACGACCUUAUCGAAGCUGAUGAUGCUACCCUUGACGAAUUAGACGACCCAAUCAACUCCUCCGACCGAGCUCCUCUCACGGGCAACAUCUCCACGCAACAGGCCAACCAGAACAACAGAGCUGCCAACAAUGCCCAAGGCUACCUUAAUUCGACCAUCCCCGGCGAGGAUCGACGCGCGCCCACCGACACAAUUGACGAAUCUGUAUGGGAUACGCUAAGACGAGAUCUGUUGGCAGUAUGGGAAAAGAUGAGACAAGUCUUGUACCCAAAGUACCUUUUGGGCGGCUCAAUGAAUCGCGAGGAGGGAGAGACCAGUGCCGUGGGGCAGAUCAGAGGCAUUGUGGGCAGGUUGGACGCGGACACUGUGCUGCAGGGUGGUAUGAGCGAGGGUCUAAGAGAUUGGGAUCUAUGGGGCCCGCUUCUGUUCUGCCUUUUGCUAUCUUUCUUGCUGAGUCUCAACGCGAGAGACGAUCAAAGAUCAAUGGUCUUCAGCGGUGUUUUCGCCAUGAUCUGGAUCGGCGAAGCGGUUGUCACACUCCAGAUCAAGCUACUCGGAGGCAACAUCUCUUUCUUCCAAUCCGUCUGCAUCAUCGGCUACACGCUAUUUCCCAUGGUCAUCGCCUCGUUGCUCAGCGCACUUCGAGUGCCCACGAUUGUGCGGAUACCAGUCUACAGCGUGCUUGGGCUAUGGUCACUGGCUGCCGGUGUCAGCAUUCUUGGAGGCAGCGGUGUGGUCAAGAAUCGGGUGUCAUUGGCUGUCUAUCCGCUGUUUGUGUUCUACAUCGGCGUGGACUGCUUGUGUUUCAUUUCAUGA